CAACGGUGUUUCAUCUGGUACCAGCCAGAAUGAUCAGGUGUUCCUUUCAUGCAGUGUACAGUCAGUAGGGCGUGAGCAGGGGGCUCAAAAGCUGCUCCUCUUUCCCCAUUGUCCCUCAAUUCCCCUUUAUGCCGAGGAAAUAAUCUGAUUGCUCCGUGACUGUUUCCGUGUCUCUGUGCUGGACGUGUUACCUGCUUCCCUCUGCAGGGCCGUCCACUCUGGGCCUGAAUCAGUGCCUCUGACAAGGAAUAUGCCCCUGAUUUCCAAGGAGCAGGAUCAGGCUCUCUGUGUUUGCUGUCGCUGGCAUUAAGAGCAGUAUGAAGCCAUGGAUAGAUGUUAAGUAGCACAUACAAUAAAACUACCAGAGUGGCUGCUGGCAAAAUAUACAUGGGGGUCAGAUCUGGUGGGUCUCAGUGCACCUAAGGAGAGGUUGUCCAAAUCCCAAGCAGUUUUGUUGGGAUAAACCUGGAGUAACUGAACAAUUUUCGAGUGUAUUCGAUAUUAAUUGACAGAAGAAGCAAACCUGAAUAUCUUGCAGUGAAAAGGAUGAGUUCUGACGGCAGAUGCAUGCUGGAAAGUUUCAUCAUUUAACCUGAUUUUUUUUUUUUUUUAAUUUUGGUGGGGAAGUUUUACUGCUGAAUGUGCCAGUUGUCAACGAGAUUCGAAAAAUUUUUAGUCCCUCAGAAGCUGCAAUCCACAUUAACCUUCCAGCAGAGAGAACUAGUGGUUUGGGGGAGAAAAAAAAAAUUAAAAAGGAAAUUAAAAAGGCAGUUUUAUUUUUUUCCUUGCCGGCAUCUAGGGGGGUGAGUGAGGAAAAAAAAAAAUAAAAGAAAGAAAAAAAGAACAAACCCUUUUAUUUUAAAAUUAUCAACAGGUAUUUUCCACAGAGAUUGGCGAGGGAGGUGGAGGGGGGAGCCGGGGAAUGAACGGCCGGCCUGAGGUGAGGGGGAGGCGGGAAAGGCGGCGGCGCGCGGGCCGCCCUGAGGGACUGCCCGGCACUCACAGAGGCCGCCGCGGGCACAAACCCGGCUAAAACACGCAACUUGUGCCAAAACUUUCCGAAGUUAAUUAAAACAACCCCCUCCCCACACACAAACACACACACACCCCCCCUCCUCCUCCUUCUCCUCCUCCUCCUCACCGCCGGGCUCCGCGCCGCCCGCCCCGCUCCCUGCCGGCGGUCCCUGAGGGGAGCUCCAUUGUCUGUGAGGGGAUGGCCGCGCACCCCCGCCCGCCGCGCCCCCGCCCUCCGCGCCGCCGUGCGCGGGGCGCCGGGCGGCCGCGGCGGGUGGCUGCCGGCUCUCCCCCAAAGUUUUUGGAUCCGCGUCUCCUCAUGAUGUAUGGAUGAUAUAUUGCAUUGUGGGUGUCAAUAUAACUGACGGCCAUAUUUGCCGGUGCUGCUACUGCUGUAAACAACCCAAAGUGUCUGGGAGACACGGAGACGCUUCGCUGAAUUUCAGGACGCUUCUCCUCCUCCCGCUGGCCAUGUCUCUGGGAAUGUCUUACAAGCCCAACUUGAACGCCCACAUCCCCGGGACUCCCCUCAACCCGGCUGGGAGUGUUCACUCUCCCUCCACAAGUAUGGCAACAUCAGCACAAUACAGACAGCUCAUAAACGACUAUGGCCCCCCAUCUCUAGGCUAUACACAAGGGAUGCAGGGUACCAGCAGCAGUCAAGUACCACAGAGCAAAUAUGCAGAACUUCUAGCUAUCAUAGAAGAAUUAGGAAAAGAGAUUAGACCUACAUAUGCUGGGAGCAAAAGUGCGAUGGAGAGGCUAAAAAGAGGCAUUAUCCAUGCUAGAGGAUUAGUUCGGGAAUGCCUGGCUGAGACGGAACGAAAUGCAAGAUCCUAGUCCAAGGGUUCAGCUGCAAGGUUUUCCAUCUCUUCAUGA